UCGCCAUCUCUUCUCUUGUAUAGGGUUGGAUGCUGCAACAAGACUUGCAUGGCAUGAGAGCUUGAAACUGGCUCCGAUCCUGGAAAAAGAUGGUUUUCCUCGAUUUGUUGUCUGUAUCAAGCCAUGUUCUCUCAACUUGCUCAAUCGUUUUCUCCCCCGCCUUUUGUGUGUGUACUAAUUUACAGGAUAUAUCGACACGUAGCCUAAACUGCCAAGGCACUUUCGAAGUCUCGUCUGUUCAUACUCUCCAUGGUAUUCGAGGUCAAAUUUGUGCCAAGAUUGAAUCCCGGACUCUAUUGUCCAAUUUACUUUUCUCCCUCGUGUUGCGUCCGCUGUCAAUCUGAAAUGGGGCGGUACGUGUCAAAGCAGGGAGGUACAUUCAAACUCGUAGAAUUGUAAGUACUGCUGUUCCGUUGGCUCGCGCUGGCGGAAUGCAAGCUGUAGGAAAGCUCGACUUGGGAGGUCUGCAA